AUAUAUAUACAAGUAUCUGAAAAAGUUAAUAGCUUAUUUCUUGUUCUGCCAUUUUUAUUGUCUGUGUUUGUUGGAGCAAAUAAUCAAAGCAGAAGUAUGGAGGAAUUAUCAGUUGUUGAUGGAAUACGAGCUACGUCGUUGAGGAUUAAUAGCUAUCCAUCCCCAGCAGAAUCCAACACUACUGCUACGACUCCACAAAAACAUUCAAAAUGCUUUAUAAGUGUGCAUUUCGUGCAAAAGUUGAUUGCAGAGCUUGUGGGAACCUACAUGUUGAUAUUUGCUGGUUGUGCUGCUAUAGUGUUGAAUAUAAACAAGGACAACGUUGUCACACUACCUGGAAUUGCAUCUGUUUGGGGACUUGUUGUUAUGGUUUUGAUUUACUCUGUUGGUCAUGUCUCUGGUGCACAUUUCAACCCUGCUGUAACCAUUGCUUUUGCCUCUUGCAAAAGAUUUCCUUGGAAUCAGGUUCCGGCCUAUAUUUUGGUUCAAGUCAUAGGAUCCACUCUAGCUAGUGGAAGCCUUCGACUAAUAUUUAAUGGCAAAGAAGACCAGUUUGUAGGGACAGUUCCAGCAGGAACAAAUAUGCAAGCUUUGGUACUUGAGUUCAUAGCCACAUUCUACCUCAUGUUUGUCAUCUCUGGUGUUGCUACUGAUGAUCGAGCUAUGAAACAUUUAUCUGGGGUUGCAAUUGGAGCCACUGUUUCACUUGAUAUAUUGUUCUCCGGGCCACUAACAGGGGCAUCAAUGAACCCUGCAAGGAGUUUGGGACCAGCAAUUGUUACAGGUCAUUACAAAGGGCUAUGGAUUUACAUUAUAGGGCCAACUUUAGGGGCCAUAUUUGGUGCUUGGACUUACAAUCUUAUGAGACUCACAAAUAAGUCAUGGGGUGAAUCUAUAAAAGAGAUUUCAGAUUCACAAAAAAUAAUAGAAGUGUCCUCAAAAGACAAGGUUAUAUGCAAGUGUAGUGAAGGGUGGACAUGUAUUGUAACCAAAACUGAAGAACCAGAAGCAGGCAACAUCUUUUUUGAUUGUGGUGAUGAAGGUUGUCUGUGUAUUAUUGAUGAAACUAACACUCUGAAAAAACAUGUACUUGUAUAUGAUAAGACAAAAAGGAGAAAGGGCUACAAAAUGUAUAUUUAAGGGCAUCAAAUCACUCAAAUACUAGUUAAGAAAACCAUGAAUGCAUGUGAUCUAUUUGGCGUGUCCAAAACUUUCUUUCA